AUGUACCGUUCUUCCAAGGAAUGGAAACUUGCGAUAAGACUAGACGUAACUUCUAUGUAUAGUAGUCUAGAACAGCUGCAAAAAAUGUUGGACAAAACCGGAGACUUGUGCGACAACGAAAAAAUAUUUAGUAAAAAUAAGGAGUUCUGUGACAGUUUUUCUGGCGAGUUACGGCACAGGGAAUUUAAUAAGGUCAGUACGUUAGUAAGAAAAAUAAAAAUGAUAGUAGGAACACCGACGCGCAGUCGGAGGGGUUUAGUGAACGCAGUCGGUUCCGUGGCCAAAGUGUUAUUUGGCACCAUGGAUGCAGAAGACGAGAAAGUAAUCUCGGAGCAGUUGCAAUUAAUAGGAAACGAUGUGGAAAAUAUUAUAGAGAGAAAUGAGAAUAGGCUGCGAGAAGCAGUGGUAAGAAUAACUCAAAAAGUUGAUGACUACGCACAACAGCAAGAACUGAGAGACUAUUUCCUCGAGCUGGGCAGUUUGCUGACAGAGAUGGAACUCGAUGCCGAGGGAAUAAUAAUUGAAUACGUUACCAACGUGCACACUAAUUUUGCAAAAUUGGAAAUAGUGCCACUUGAGCAAAUUUUACAUAGCCUGAAAGAAGCAAAUAACCAAUUCAUGCAGGAUCUGCGUUUUCCUUUUGCCGUGACUCUGGAAAACUGGUUAGAGAUAAAAAGGUUUGUCACGGUUAGUGUCUAUUGCAAGGACUCGAAUAUAUUUACGGUUGUAAAAUUUCCAUUGAUCAAUUCCGGUAGUUACAAUGUGUACAGGGUAGUACCCUUACCAGUACAUGAACGGGACAACGUGUUCGCGGUUGUGCAAGUCAACCACUCGGUAGUAGCAAUAGACACAAAUUGUCAAACGUACGCUAUACUUAGCGAAACACAGUGGAAUAGUUGUGGAGCGCCCUGCGAGUUACAAAUGUUUAUAAACGAGGAUGGUAGCUACGAAAACUGUGAAAUCGACCACAUGGUUUCCAACCAAACCGUGUGGGUACGAUUAACAAAGGCGCGCGUAUGGUUGUUCUCGACCUUGAGGGAAGAAACUCUACGAAUUACGUGCGAAAACGAGUCAGAGAGGAUGGAGGUCAUAACCGGAGUCGGGGAAAUAGAGCUGCCAGAGCAGUGCGAGUUGACCACAGCAAGUAUUAUAGUGCGGACUAACCAAGUAGUGAAGGGCGUGGGAAUAA